AUGUAUCAACAAAACUAAGUUAUGUAUCAAUAAUAGCAACCUCCACCUUAAUAACAUCGUGAUUAUAAUGUUCCACCACCUGGUAAGUGAGUAGUUUGAUUUUGUAUCUUAGGUUACAAAGCUCCUCGUCAUCCAAGAGAAGAGUUGCCUGAAAAUUAAGAACAGAAUUUAGAUUUGGGUGGUUCCUAUUAAUCUUACUUAUAUAAUUGUGGAGAAUGUUGUGGAAAUUGUAAAGCUGUUUGUCCUUGUAAUCCUUUUGUUGAAUAUCCAUAUAUUUAAGUAGAGUAAAGUUUUGUUGGUGUGUAUUUACGAUUUGGAAAAUAUAUAAAGACAGGUAAAAAAAUAAUGUUUAAAACAAGUUCAACCUGGAUUAAUUUACAUUAAUCCUUGCACUGAUACAAUUUAGAAAAUUGAUUGCAAAGUUUAAAUGAUUGAUUGUCCUAGAUAAUAAGUGAUGACUAAAGACAAUAUUUUAGUUAGCAUAGAUGCAACUGUUUAUUAUAGAAUAGUUAUACCAAGACGAUCAAUAUUUUAUAUCAACGAUUUACAUCAAGCCGUUACAUAAUUGACAUUAGCCACUAUUAAGAGCAUUGCUGGAUCUCAUACUUUAUAAGAUUUAUUAGAGAAGAGAGCUGAAGUUUAAUAAUAAAUUGAAGAAUUUGUUGAUGAACAUGUAUGGGAAUGGGGUAUUGAUAUUGAAAACAUGUUGAUUAAGGAUAUAUAAUUGAAUGCUGAUUUGUAGAAUACCUUAUCGAUGGCAGCCAAAGAAUAAAGAGCAGCUUAAGCAAAAGUAAUUUCUGCUUAAGGAGAUGUGUAAUCAGCUAAACUUAUGCGAUAAGCAGCAGAACUAUUGGAUUCAAAGGCAGCUAUGUAAAUUAGAUAUUUAGAUACGAUUACUACAUUAGGAUAGUAGGGAUCAACAAAAGUAGUAUUGCUUCCAACAGAUUCUAAAUGA